AUGCUGUCCACGGAGGGGUUGGGGCGCCCGCAGCAGGGCCACCCCCGCCACAAGUUCACCGCCGUGGAGGAGAUGGAUUGCCCCAUCGGCGACAUCAUGAGUGUGCCGCUGGACCGCCUCUGCCAACUGGCAUGGCCGCUGCUGCGCUACAGGGAGGGCGAGAAUCUCGGCAAGGCCGCGGAGGCGCUCCCCCUUUCCCAGACAGAUGCGGAGGACGUCUACCUCGCCCGCAUCAUUGGGGCCACUGCCAGUGAAACCAUUAGUUUUUUUUGGAUGCAGCCGUGGUGGGGCCAACUGACGUGCCACACGCUGCGGCUAGCGCUUUUUCGGAAGGCGCUGCAUUCCAUUUUGGUCACGAGUGCGGUUGUCCCCUCCGGGCAGUCGGCAGAGUCCGUGUCACCGACUGUCUCUCCGUUGGCUCCGCAGAACGUGACAACGGGCGAGAGAGAGCCACACGGGGGUGUUGAGGCGAAAGGCGCGAAGGCGCCUCGAGGAUCUGUGGAUUGCUCCGUUCCAAGUGAAGAGGUUGCGCCUGGCAAGGCUCGCAUCUACGCCGAGAAACGCAGGGCGGCGCCGAUGGAGUGGGUGCUUCCAUACUUUGGUGGCCAGGAGGAUGAGCAGUGGUUGACGGAGCGGGUGCGGGAGAUGGUGGAAAUGGCGUUUGUGGCCCACAACGAUUGUCAGAAGCAGCUCGUCUCAACUGCCGCCUAUGUAUCCGUGCAUGCCCAAAGCCACAAGCGCGGCGCCCAGGUAUUUCUUUUUAUUUUGCGAGAGGUGCUGGACCGUUGGAACGCCGCGCCGGACACCACUGGGGAGGCGGGCAUCUUCGGCUUUGGCGUCGUGGUGCCUCUCCUCGACAUUGUCCGCUUCACAAAAUUCAACAACACCGACACGCUAACGGUGGGCAAAUUGCUUGCCACUGUGCGCCUCCCCUCCCGUGGGCGCGGCCUCAGCAAUGAGUGUCUCUCAAACGCUACCUUUGUCACGCGGUAUGUGCUUUCCUUGGGGGAGCGGGUGGCGGACAAGGAGGAGGAAGAAGAGGAGGAGGACGAUGAAGAGGAGACGAGCGGCUGCUCUUCACAUUCCCAUCUGCCGCAGCCUUCGCAAUGGCCAAAUUGGGGGUCGCUCAUGGGUGACCAAAUGGCGCAGGAGCGAUCGCACAGGGCAGAUCACGGCAGCAAUGCUGUUGCGGCCACGAUGGUCACAGAUACGUUCCUAAUGGCUCCUCUGGCUCGCAAGGUGAGUGUGCAUGUUCGUCGGGCCUCCUCUUGUGAGGGGGUACAGCUGCUGUUAGUCCCGCGAGCCUCUAUCGCUGCCUCAGCUACUGCUGGUACUCCUGCAGCUGGCGAGGCGGAGGCGGAGACGGGGGAAAACGACGGUGGUCUAAUGAUAAAAACGCUGUGGUUUGCUCCACGUGAGGGCGAAACCUACGAACUCCUUGGCGGCUGCGACGCCGUGGUGCGCUACAAGCGGAAUCCUGAGGGUGCCACGCAACCGCGCUUACAGGUGGAGAUUCGUGUAGAAACAAGUCUGGAGGUGGAUGGAAGAUGGGUGGUUGAGCUUCGGAACACCUUGAGUGGCACGCAGCUGAUCGUGGCAGAGGCUGUUCUGCAGGGAAUGAAGAGCGUCAUUGUAACAGGCGAUGGUCGCAUGCGGGAGGAAUCCCUGGCACUGUUUCGUAACGGGCUGCUUUCGCAGCCGCGGGGAGGUGCUUUACCGACGUUUGUGCAGGAUAUUUUAAGCCUGGAUGAGGACACCUUGCGCAGGCGCGUGCCGUGUCGCCAGAGUGAUGCCCGGGGUGUGCGUGCGGCGCUGAGUCUGAUUGGCAUGUUUCUUUCCAAUCAUGAGGCCGAGGUAGUGUCGUGGGAGUCGCGUUUGUGGCAGGAUGCCGUGAAGCGUGUGGGUCUUGCAAGUAGUUCGCUGGGGAAAAAUCCAGGCGCGACGGAAAUGGCCACGUUUGUCCUUGAGCACGUCGCCUUGUGCCAGUUGUCCAUGCCGCAAAUUGUGGAGGGGACCAUCGCUCUGCUGACCUCCAACAUUUCAGUGAGUGAGAUACGGCACAUCUUGUCGACGAACCGCACCCGGGCCGAGCUGUGCGUCCUCGCACUCUCACUGCUGCUACGGGCAAAGGAGAACUUUGUGCCAAGAGGCAUGUUUCACUUAGUCUCGUUACUAAGAGAUUUUAUGGCGUGUGAGGGAAGUCAUUACUUGCGGCGUUUUCGCGGCUGCGGGGAGUCCUUGGAGGAGGAAAUUCGUGGGUUGGUGCAUCUGCUUUUGACAAAUGUGUUCACGGCGCUGCACCGCGUGAUGUCGCUGCCGGAGGCGGAGCGGGAGAGGCAUGGACCGCACCGGUUUUUGUGGGACUCGGACGACUUUGCCCCGUUUGCUCUCGUCACGCUUUCACUUCUCGCCUCCCCGUUGGAUGCGCGUGAUAUUGACUUUGUUUGGUGCAAAAUCGCCGGCCAGCUUGAGUGGCUGCUGCCGAACUUCACCGAUUUCGCCCGCACCGCCUCCUUUAAGGUGAGCGAGAUGGAGGAGGGGAGCAUGCUGGAGGCGCUGCAGGCCCUUGCCAGCGACUCCACCGCGGACCACGGCGGCAGCAUCGCCGGCGGCUACGCCGACCGCGGGAGUGGCGUGGGCCAGCCGUCCAUUGGAAUGACAAUGACGGGGGCCAGCGAGCGCGGGCUUGGCGUGUGGGUGCCGACUGGGCGGGAGCGGGUCUGCUCGAGCUCCACCCCGCUGUACACGCCGGGGCUGCCGGUGCCGGCCCCGUGCAUCUUUUCCUCUCCGUCCUCGUCGCUGUCGUCGUCGGCGUCGGCGCCGCUGGCGGGCGGCCCCCCCGUCUCCCCGUCAACGAUUUGCGCGGCGGAGGUGCAGCUGGUGAGCGCGCCGUCGCGCGAACUCAUCGUGGCCCUUGCCACGAAGCAGCUGAGCGGGCUGACGGCCAACAGCAUGAAGGAUGACCCCGCCGGGUUCUACUUUUUGCCCAACGACGGGAAGCUGCACCACAAUGGCUCUCAGCUUUCACUGCCCCCACUUUUUCAGGGUGACACGCUCGCCUUUUCCUUUUCCUUCGCACCAAGGACGUCUACGCGGGCGUUAUGUGUGCUUGUGAACGGCGUCCGCAUCGCGGAGUUUCCGGCGCCGCGGCAGCAACUGUUUCUUCUUGCAGGCGUCAUGGACUCCUCCGCCCUGCGCAGUUGCAGCCUGCGCGUGUGUUUCCGCUCCCAGAAGGAGAUGUAUCAGGCGGCCCCAGCAGUGGCUUGCGGCAACCACGACGCGGUGCUCAACGCGCUGCCCACGCGCCACAGCAUUUCUGUGUUUGCGACGAACGUUUUCUUUUACCUUAUCUCGCUCUGUGCGAGGCGUGUGGCGCAGUUCCGUCGGCAGGGCGGAGCGGCAGGCGCCUCGAUGCAGGCGAUGUCGCCCACGGCGUCAGCGAAUCGAGUCCACGCGCUGCACACGGAGGAAGUCUGGCGAGGAUUUGUGGAUAGCUGCUGCAAUUCACUGAGGCAGAACGUCGAAAGCCUCAUCGACUCCAUCACGCGUCUGCCACCCGUGUCGCAGGUCAACGACGCCACGGAGCGGGUGAAGCGGAAUGCGGCGUCGUUUGUCUACCACCGCUUCCUAAUGGAUUACAUCACCAUGAUACGCACCGUCGUCCGCUGCCUGUCGUCCCCGGUGGACGUGCUGUCGACGCUGUCAAGGGUGGUUUGCUGCGAGGACGUUGGCGAGCGGGAGCGGUGCGCGGCGCUGACGAUUGCGUGUUCGCUGCUGUGUGAGCCGCACCGUGCGUUUGCCCCCGGCGCCUACAAUCCCCAGCCGCUGUGGGACUGCUGCCGCUCACUCUCGCGACAUGUGACGGCCUUGACGUACCAGCCGUUGUUCACCGUGAAGAGCGCCGCCGCGGAACUCACCGUCUGCUCCGGCGGCCGGCGCAUCAAGUUCGUGUCGGCGCCCAGCGGCGCCUCGCGUGCGAGGGGGAACGCCACCUCCUUUGCCUCGCGGGGCAUCCCGCUGGACGGCUCCUUGGGCGAAGUCGUCGCCUUCUCCGUGCGGCUGCAACGCAGUUUUGCGUUCGACACCCUUGGCCGCUUCUAUAACGUUGGCCUCGCGUGCCCGUACCCCAUGUCCGCGACGACGACCCUGACAAGCCACCCUGGCGAGUGGCAGAGCAUCGCCCACACGUACGCCAUCACGGAUUACUUCACCGACAUCGCCUCUCCCUCGGCGCGGUCGGAGUUGCCGCGACACGCGAAGCACUGGAUGUCAAACGAAGAAAAUAUCAUAUUCGGCUCGGGCGACGUCAUCACUGUGAUUGUGCACACAAAACUGCGUUGCAUCUCCUUUGAACGGAAUGGAUUUUCACUAGGGACGCUGUACACGAAUAUUCCGGCCGUGGUGAAGGUGCUAUUUCCAUUUGUGGAGCUCUUUAACAGGGACGCGCUGGCGCUUUGGCUGUAUCCCCCCCGCGAAAUCGGCAUCCGCGCCCGCUUCACCAUGCGUGCCAUGCUGUACCAUUGGGGAACGGAGCUGCUGCCGCGGCUCAAUCAGAUGCUCAAGGACGAUGACGUGGUGGCGCUUCAAGUACUUGGCGCCGACGGAGACGAGAGGUGCUUCUGGUACCGAAGUCCUCCACGCAGUGAGUUGAAGGGGUCGCGUGUGGUGCACCUUGUGCGACAGAUUGGCUCAAGGGCGGAGGUGCUUGUGGAGGGCAGCACAAAGAGCAUGAAGGUUCUGGCAAUGGCGUUGGAGCCCAACUACACUGCUGCCAUCAGCAAUGAGUUGCCUGUCACGCCGGUGGUGGAGGAGCUGCUGCGCAUCGUCUUCAACUCCAUUAGCUUCACCACGAAGGCGAAAGGGUGCGACAUGGUGCGUAUUCAGCCAACCAAGAUGUUUCUCUGCGCGCUGCGCCUACUGUCAGAGAUGGAAUUGACGCCCCUGCUUGCAUACGAUGUUGAGGUACUUCGAAUAUUGCUGGCACAACUUAUACGCAUUCUGGAGCUGCCGGACGCCAUUCCUGCGGAGGGGCAGUACAUUCUCCUGGAGGCUUGGAACGAGCUGCUGCUGCUCCCCGACGACGAUGCGCUUUGGCUUCCGCUUCCGCUUCCCCGCGACACCAACGCCCAGGACGCUCUUUUGCUUGACAGCGGCGGGUCCACGGGACCCGACGAUGCAGGCGGCGACAAGGCGUCUGACAUGUGUCUGCGAUGCCCAACCUGCGAUGCGCCGUGGGGCGACUGCGCCUCUGACGGCCACGUGGCCCCCUACAGCCUCUGCUUCACACUGCACUGCGUGCUGCAGCGGUUGGGAGUGCCGUCGCCGUUUACAGGGUUUAUCUGCGAGUGGUCCCUUCCGGGAACUCACUUCUGCGUGACAAUUCGCGUGGGCCCUCGUGGGGAACUGGAGGGCGAGGGCGAGGAGACGCGGGGUCUCUUUACCUUCACGGCGAAGCUGGUCUCAGGCCACUUUCUGCGUGGAAGUUGUGUGUACAAGGGGGCCAACAACCCCACCGCCCGCGCCCAGCUGGAGGAGGAGUGGGCCUGCGAGCUAUGCACCUUCAUCAACUUGGCGGACUCCACUCGGUGUGCCAUGUGCACGACUGCCCGCCCAGACGCGACGUGGACGUGCGUCUUGUGCGGCUACGCCUUUAAUUCGAAGAACAAUGCCAUCUGCACCACCUGCGGUCAUCAACGCAUGGGGGCCUCAGAGACCGACUCCAGGGCGGAAAAGAAGCUGGCCUUUUGUGAAGGCUGCGGGGGCGAUCGGGAGUACACCAAGUUUGACGAUUUUGAUUGCCACGCUUUUUGUCAGGAGUGCCAACGCGAAUCCAGGUGGUUGCCGGAGGAGAAGUACACGGGUUUAAUUGAGGCCACACUUGUGGGUGCCGGUGACACGAUGGAUUGGAAGAUUAUCCUCGGCGACACCGUCACCGUCUGCGCGGGCUUGCGCACCGACGCGUAUUCGCUGGAAGGGAUGCAGCAGGCUGCAGCGGCGGCGUCACCAGCUGCGAGUGAACUCUCACGCUACGUUCCGCCGCUCGUGCAGAUCCGUACGGCUGGAGCCGACACUUUGAGCCCCGCCUCGCCUCAGCAGCCUCAGCAGCAGAAAAAACUGGCGGAAAGCUCCAGUGCGCUGGUUCCUGCUAUCCUCUUCUUUUGCAGUCGCAUUGUUUGCCGUUGGGGGCCGGAACUUGCCCCGCAUCAACUCUCAAACAGUGAAGUCUUGCACCGCCUCCGCGUGUUGGAUGACGCUUGGUUGGCCGGACUUGAGAAGGUCCCGUUUGAGGCGGCACGGGGCAUUUGCUCCUCCUCCUUACGCAUUCUGCUCGCGGGGACGCGUAGUGGGCAGGUGAUCCGCUCUCUUUCCUCAGUCGCCCGGGUGCUGGUGAACAGCCACGCCGCGCUACAAAAGCAGCGGCACUACCUGCUUUAUGCCCUUUGCGUGAAUGCGAUGCGGUGCGCCGGCGAUCGUGAGGUGCGGGAGGUUUGCUACGCGGCGCUCAACACGUUACUCGAGGAGUCCGCCGGGCAGCGGCUGAAUGUCAGUUCACUCCGCGACGUGGUGGCGAUCACGCCUAUUGUGGCGGAGCAGCAGCGACUGAUGGUGCAUGCCUCGCUUCGGGGCGUGGAUGUUUGCACCAGGACAAAUGUGAUUUCCACAAGUUGGCUGAUAAAGGCUGUGGAGCGGAUGGAGCGGUGCGAGCGGCUUCCCGCCAUUUUUGACGAGCCCUCACCUGACAUCUUUCCCUAUCUCGUGGAGCUGCCGGACACACGCAUGGGCGACGGUGGGGAGCUUAUUGUGGGGCAGGUGCGGGGCAGUGUUGGGGUGCUGGCGAGCAAGGGCGGCCGGUACUACUACGAGCUGGUGGUUCCAGCAAACCUUGGCACUGACCGCGGCAAGACGGUCGUGAUGGGGUGGGGGACGAUGCAGCAUGAGGUGCUUAGCGGUGGCCAACACGUCGGAAGCGAUAUACACUCCUGGGGCUUCAAUUGCCAGGACCAGCUGCGCGUGCUGACCGGCGAGCAGGCGAUUCCGACCCCGCGCCCUAUUGUUGGCAGCGACGUCAUCGGCGCACUACUUGACCUUGACGCGAUGAUGAUGUGCUGGAGCGUGAAUGGCGAGCAGCUGAUGUGGGUCACCGUCUCGACACAGGGCAAGGGGGAGGCGAUUUACCCGUUUGUCAGCGCCUCCGUCGACCCAGUUGGGGUGGUGGUGCGGCUCGGGCACACCCAGUUUAAGCCGGACGGCUACGAGGACUUCAGUCCAUUUUCCAACGAAAUGGCACGGCGUGAGAGUCACGUCGAGCCGCGGUCCUACGAUUUCUACGUGCAGCUCUGCAACCUCGGCAACGAGAUUGUCAACUGCGGCUUCACUUUGGACUCCUUGCUGGCGACAAGUGCCUGGUUUGACCAGGCCCAGGCGGCGAUAGCGCAGUACCCGCUUCUCGCCGCAGAGGUGGCCGACAAGGCGCUGGAGUGGCUGCGGCCCUACCUGCAGCACCUGCGCUCCAUCAACUUUUUGGCGAUAAGUGUGGCGAAGAGCCAUGACAUUCUGCGGAAUUCGCCGUACCUGAUGCUUAGUUACCAAAAGACGCGUCAGCUGUUGUUUUUCAGCGCACGCUGGGCCAUCGUGGAGCGGCAAAUUGAUCGUCGUCUGAUUCGCAGCAAUCCGCGGCAGCAGCGCGAGGUGGUGAUUGACCUUAACCGCGCCAAGGCGAUGGCGCAGAGCAGUGAGAGUCUGGACUUCAUGACACGCUUCGAGGGCUCGAUCACGGGCCAGCUGUUUCGGCAGACGAAGGAGGCGGACAUUUACCUGGACGCCGUGAUGUUCGUGAUCAGCCUCGCCGGGGAGGUGGCCGACGACGCGGGCGGCGUGACGCGCUCGGUGGUCACCAUGAUGUGCGAUGAGCUGAACUACCGCGAGGAGGACGACGGGCGUCGCGUGGACCCGCUGCUGCCCUUCUUCCGCCUCACGGGCCACACGACGAUGGCGAGCGUGGUGCCGAACAUGGACUUUUACCGCGAGAACCCCGAGCACCGCCUCUUGUUUGUGGACGUCUUUACGUGGCUAGGGAAACUGAUCGGCAACGCGACGAUGAGCGGGUACCUCAUGUUUUCCCUCACCUUUCCACGGCUGACGUGGAAGUUUCUGACCUUCGACAAGCCCACCAUUGAGGACUACCACGCCGACAUCGACGACACCGUGCGGGGGGCCCUGAACGAUGACGAGUUUCUGCUGAACGACGACUUUUUCUACUCCAUCCCGGGCAUUGCGUGGUGCGACGAGGGCGUGGCGGACACGAUGGGGAUGGUGCGCUCCGCCCGCGUGUGCCCCGCCCUGACGCCCGCACGCAGCGCGGUGGACCUGACGACGAUUGCCCCCGCCGACGAGAACGAGGAGGACGCCACCGCGGCGCAGCGUCGCAGGGAGGCCGUGCGGGCACUGCUGCACCAGUACGAUGAGCUGCUGCUUGCCAUGCUGUCUGGGAUUACGUUUGUCAUACCGGCACCCUCGCUGCAGCUCAUCCGCUGGGACGAUUUGCAGCAACGCGUGUGCGGCAACGCCUGCGCCACGGCGGAGGACGUCAUCUCCUCGCUGAACCUCUCCCUGCUCUCCGAGGAUCUUCGUCGCAUGCUGAAGGAAGUCGUGUGCGGCUGGACGCCCCAGCGGCGUUCACAGUUUUUGCUCUUUUGUAGCGGGCAGCGGCGGAUUCCCCUGCCCGAAAAGGUGCAGGUGGCAUGCGGCGACGAUCCCAACGCGGUCCCAACCGCCCACACCUGCUCACCCAUCUCACUGCUGCUGCACCCGUACCCCUCCGCCACCGUCUUGCGCGAGAAGCUGGAGGUUUCUCUUCGACACGCCUAUGAGUUUGGAUUUGCAUGA